UGGACUCGUGAAGUUGUGAGUAGAGCUGGAGUGAGAUUUCAGUGCCCAUUGCGUUGUUUGUGCGGCUCGCUGUGUGGUGUGAGCAGAGGUGAGGACGGCAGCGCUCUGCGAGGACAGCCAGCACAAAGCUCUCCGUCAGACGACCGGCAGAGCUUCGUGGAGAUUACCGGAGGUCAUGGUGGGAGCCCGCAGGGACCGCGCGCGCCGGGGACAUCCAGGGCGCCGGUAGUGCCCAACCUCUGGGGGGCAGGCGGACAGGCUCACGGUGGGGUCGGCCCCCUCCUGAUGACAAGGCGGGCGACCCGACCGAUGAAGAACUCGGAGCUUUGACCCGGGAGCCACGAUGAUCGCGGCGUUUUUCCCCCUGAAGAAACUGCGGCGUAACGGCAGAUACUUUUUGUUCGGGGCGAUCCUGUUGGUCGGAGCUGUGGCCGUCUACCAUGAGAUGGUCGCUGCUAAAGCGUGGAGCAGUGAUGCCAGUAUGAGUCUCUACGCUGACGGCGGCAGCUGGAGGAGAGCCAUGUUUGUGGAAGGGGUCAGAAGGGGCCAUCGGUCAGACUCUGCGGAACAUUCAGACACAUGGAGGUCCAGCUACAUGCCACAGACCUGGAAACCAGAGUAUAAAGGACAGGCCAAUCUGCAUGUCUUUGAGGACUGGUGUGGCAGUUCUACAGCUGACCUCUUUAAGAACCUGCACUACCCGCUGUAUCCUCAUACCAGGACUACAGUGUCAAAGCUGGCUGUUUCCCCUCAGUGGACCAACUAUGGACUCAGGAUAUUUGGUUACCUACAUCCAUACACUGACGGAGAGUUUGUGAUUGCUGUGAGCUCAGAUGACAACUCUGAACUGUGGCUCAGCACAGAUGACUCUCCCGUGAACAUGAAGUUAUUAGCAUUGGUUGGAAAGACUGGCACAGAAUGGACAGCCCCGGGGGAAUUUGACAAGUAUGCCAGUCAGACCUCCAAACCAGUUUGGCUGUCUUCUCAAAAGAGGUACUUUUUCGAAGUUAUCCACAAACAAAAUGACAGAGGAACCGACCAUGUGGAGGUGGCAUGGCAGCUCCUGGAUCGAGGCAAGUUCAUGGUUAUUGACUCCAGUCACAUCUCACUAUAUGUUAAUGAGUCUGCCUUGUUAAUGAGUGACAUAGCCCACAUACCACAGACGGCUGCAAGCCACCAGCACAUCCACACAAAACAGCACAAUGCUGCGACAGCAGCAGACCUCCUUAGGGAGGACCCACGAGACACACUCUACCACGUGCCUUUGAUAAACAGCAAGUUCCUCAGAGGUGUUCUGCCUGACUGUUCCUACAAACCCAGCUACAUUAUCAAAGACUUUCCGCUGCUCCGCUAUCAAGGACUGCAGUUUGUCCACAUGUCGUACAUUUACCCCAAGGACUACACCCGACUAACGCACAUGGAGACGGAGAGCAGCUGCUUCUACCCUGAAAGCCCAUACUACAUGAAGAUGUUUGGUUUCUCUAGGUACAUGAGAUUAGACCGUUCUGAUACGCAAGAAACAAGAAACAUGGGCAGAGAUUUUGGUUUCCAGAGGAGGAAAUCGGUGCUAGAGGAGGAGGAUGAGUUGGACAAUGAAGCCUAUCGAAGAGAAAGGGAAGCCUGGUCGGAUCGGGUGGAUAACAACCUUUUUCCAGACUAUGGUGAUGAUUAUGAUGAUUAUGCAAAUCGACGCAGGCGGAAACUCUUCUCCUUAGUUGUACAAGAAACUAACCACACACUGAGCAACACCUCUGAUUCAAGACUGCACACAGAUGAGCUGCAGAGGAGGCAAAAGAAAGAUAGUGUCCCACAGCCUCAACCACAGAAACCAGCUGAGCCUCUACAGGCAACACAAGCAUCAAAACACUCCCUGCAACAGAGCCGCACAGAUGUAAAGCUAGCUAGGAAAGCAGAGCUGAUAAAACCAAAGGGGAAGUUAAGACCAGCAAAAAGACAAAAGCUUAAAUCAGUAGAAGCCACUGGGAGAGUAGAACAGACGUCUCCACUGAUAGCAGUGCACAGAGAGCAGUUUAAAGCAAUACAACGCCCAGCGGUCGCAGCAGAGCAGCUCAGCUUUAAACAGCAUGGCAUGCAGAGGUCUCGUAAAAUGAACCGCGCUCAAAUCCAGAGACUCAAGGACUCAAAGCUUCAACCCUUAGUGAGGGAUGCUCCUCCGCCUGUAAAACCCACAGAGACCAAGCAGCAGAGGUUUCCAAUCCGAGAGAUGGAGCUCCAACCAGCCACCACCAAACGCUCCAUCACUGCCCAGCGAGAUAUGGAGCGCCCUGUGGUGAGGCUCAACCAGAGGGACACAGAUACCAGAAAACACCUCAGGGAAAAGGACACUGAGAUGAAAAUGCCUCUACCAGAUCUAGAAAAUAGCAUCCACAGACCAAAGAUGAUCAAAGGCAAAGUGGACAAAAAGCAUUGGGAAGGUGUGGGGGACGGAACAAAGGAGAAAGACCAGGUUCAUAAUAGGGCUGUGAGCCAGAGAGACACUUGGGAGGGUGAGCAAGACAAUCUUUGGGGACUUGGGGGAGACUAUGAGGGUGCGGACGACGAGAAUGUUACCCCAGCGCCGGUGUUUGACAGUGAGGUCAACUGGAGCCAGACCUUCCAGGUGGGCCACCUGGACCUUCAGGCACAGAGAUUAGAUUCCAUUGACCUGCACUGCAACGUCUCAGGCAACCUGCUGCUCGGCUCCAGUGAUGCUCUGGCCACAGUCAAGGCUUUCAUGGACCAACUCAAUACAAAGCACCAUGGGAGGUUCACAUUGGUGCGCGUGGUUAAUGUGGUGAAGCGGGUGGACGGGGUCAGGGGCAGCCGCUACCUUCUGGAGCUGGAGCUAAAAGAUGAUAACGGCCAGCUGCUGCGCUUGUCGCACUACAUCUACACUCUGAUUCGCUACAGCAGGCAACGCAGCAAUGACUUCAGUUUCCAACAAGCCAAACCUCAGCUGGUGAUGUGUAACCCAGUGGGAUUCCGCUGGAAUCCUGUCGCCACCGUCCACUUCAUAGUACCUGUGAAAAACCAGGCUCGCUGGGUGCAGCAGCUGAUCACAGACAUGGAGCAACUGUUCAGAGCAACUGGAGACACCAACUUCAAUCUCAUUAUCGCUGACUACAACAGCACUGACAUGGACGUCAGGAAGGCUCUACAAAAAUCCUCACUCCUCAGGUACCAGUAUGUAAAGCUAAGCGGAAACUUUGAGCGCUCUGCAGGUCUGCAAGCAGGUAUCGACCUUAUCAAUGAUGACCACAGCAUCGUGUUUCUUUGUGACCUCCACAUCCAUUUCCCUCCCUCCAUCAUCGACACCAUCAGGAAACACUGCGUGGAGGGAUACAUGGCCUUUGCUCCCAUCGUCCUGAGGCUGGACUGCGGGGCUACGCCAUUAGACGCCAGAGGUUACUGGGAGGUCAAUGGCUUCGGCCUGCUGGGGAUCUACAAGUCAGAUCUGGACGCAGUGGGAGGAAUGAACACCAGGGAGUUCAGGGACCGCUGGGGAGGAGAAGACUGGGAGCUCCUUGACAGGAUUCUGCAGGCGGGUCUGGAAGUGGAGAGGAUCUACUUGAGGAACUUCUUCCACCACUAUCACUCCAAACGUGGCAUGUGGAACCGACGAGUGUCGCCCAGCCAUAGAUGACCUUAUUGCUUGCCUGCUGCAUGAUGACCAUGGUCGCCACAGUAACAACCACGGCAACCAGAGCACUUUAAGGACGGAGCAUGAUUCCUGCAACGUAACAGCAACACCUGCUGAACGACAGAGAGGGUGACAUGGGAUUGGACACUGUCCGCAGUCACAAGUGGCAGCAGUGAGGACCAUUACAAAUGAGAUACUACUGAUACGCAGAGUUUAUUUCACUGGAUGUACUGAUGACUACUGCAAGGGUACUGCUGGCUGAGUGCCAUAGACUGUGUGAUUUUACAAAUGAAGACCCAGCUGUGCACGAUGUGGCUGACUGAGACUAUGAUGAUGUGCACUACUGGAUGCAGGGAAGGGACAUGAUCUAAGACAAAUCAUCAAUUAAAUGACACACUCCACAAUCCAUACACUCAAAUGCCCCUUCAGUCAAAAUGAUUACAAGUCUUGCACGAGUCUUAAAUGGAGACAAAAAUAGUUUUUGUCUGUGACAAAAAGAAAAAUGUUUGACUGCAGGUUGUUAAUAUGGUUAACACAACCUUAUUUUUCAUGUGAUAAAUUAUAGAAAACUUUAUAUUUAUUUUAUCAAUGUGUGUCAAAUUUUGUUUUUCAUUUGAUUUAUUGUUAUUUCUAGAAACAGACUGUGACAUUUCAGAAAAUUGUACCUCAGUUAACCUGUUGAGUGCCCUCCUUUUUCUAAAGAUCUAGUACAGUUUUUUGUUUUUUUUUUCUGACUGCUGAGGCACCAUCUUUGAAGCUUCAGGCUGGUUAUGCAAAAGCAAAGACUUCUUGCAAAACUCUUCUAAAAAAUUAUGUUUUUGCAUGACAACAGUGCACAUAAUCCAUUAUUUGAAUGAGCACAUGAGGCAUCAAAUAUGCACAGAGUAUACAUGAAAAAAACACCUGUGGCUUUUACAAACACACAUUUUAUAAACACACAUAAACACAGGUAUCACAAUGUGUAAAGUAUGGAUGUGUUUUCUGAACACAACUCACUAGCAAUAUAAAUAAGAGGGAACACGUUUGUUUUUUCUCAGAAUGAUAAUUUCAUUUUUGUGACUGCACCGUGAUCACAUGGUGUGGAGCACAAACAGAACACUGGCACAUGGCAUGGCUAAAGCAAAAACAAAUGUUAAACAAAGGAAGGAUAUUCUUAAAAAAACACUUUGUUAAAUAACAUUUUGGCAUAUGUGAUAGGAAUAACAAAAUUAAUUUAUGGGAGGUUUAAAUAAUACUUUGGCAAAUCCCUUCCUCUUGAAUUCAUUACACAUACAUUCUGACAUUCAAACAAAAAUAGUUACUCAUCUCCCUCCCCCAUGAUGUCAUUACAGAGGUUGUGUUCACACUAAAACUAUAAAUAGCCUGCCUGUACUUUUGGUUUUCAUGCUACAGGUACUUUAAGUUUAAACUCUUGUUUAGAUUCUACAUAAACAUCACAUGAUGUCGUAGCUUUGUGCUCACUUUGAUGCUCUUGCAUGAACUGACACUCAUUCAACACUCCUUAAACAGCUCAAGUGCAGCAGAAGAAAAAAAAACGUUUCUGGUAAAACUCUGCAUUUAUUAUCAUAAAUGACAACAAA